CGUUGCUGAGCCGAGUGGUGGUGGUUGGGGGGGAGGGGGGAAAGCGAGGAGGAGGAGGAGGGGGCUACUACUUCGCGUAGCGUGCUUUCCUUCCCCUUUCAGUCGCUCGGCGGCAGCCCGGCUGCUUCCUGCGCCUCGGGCGCUGCGCACUCUCCGGCGCUGGGAGGCCCUGCCAGCCGCCGCCGCCGCCAGCAAGCCUUGUCCCCUCCGGGCUCGCUUCGCCUCAGCUCGGCCGGAGCAGCGCCCUUGCGCGUCCCGGCCGAGCCGGAGAAGCAGCGCCCAGCCUCGUCUCAGCAGCUGCAGGAUGUCGAACUCGAGCAGGAAGGACUUUGACGUGAAGCACAUCUUGCGCCUCCGCUGGAAACUGUUCAGUCACCCGGCGGCGCCCGCGGGCGGCUGUUUGCAACCGGACGGCAGCUUCGAGCAUUGGGGCCCGAGCCAGAGCCGGCUGCUGAAAAGCCAGGAGCGAAGCGGAGGAGGAGGCGCCUUCUGGAAGAAAGCCUCCUCCGCCUCGCCCUCGCAGUCCUCGGCCGCCGCCUGCCCGCCGCCCUGCGCCGUCUCUGCCUUGCCCCUCAACGGGACGUCGCUGCCGGCUACCCGGCUCCAUGGGCUGGCCGAGCCGCAAGGUCCCCCGCCGGCCCCUCGCACCAUCUUUUACGUCGAGUCUCUGGACGAAAGGCCAGGUGGAGGAGGAGGAGGUGGAAGCAGCGGGGGGGACUUCGCUGAGUUCCCCCGCCCGGAGGAGAAGGCGCUGGUGCUGCGCGAAGUCAAGGGGGAGCCGCUGCCCUUCGCCGAUGGAGGCGGCCGGGCAACAGGUGAAGGCGCCGCGCACAGGCUCUCGGCGACCAGUCAUCCUUUGACUCCUCAAUGCGAUAUGGACCUUAGCAGUUCUGAAGAAUUCUACCAAGCUGUUCACCAUGCUGAGCAGACCUUCAGAAAGAUGGAAAGCUACCUGAAGCAACAGCAACUCUGUGAUGUUAUUUUGAUCGCUGGAAACCGUAAGAUACCUGCACAUAGGCUUGUACUCAGCUCAGUUUCGGAUUAUUUUGCUGCCAUGUUUACAAAUGAUGUUUGUGAAGCCAAGCAAGAAGAAAUCAAAAUGGAAGGCAUUGAUCCUGGUGCACUUUGGGAUCUCGUUCAGUUCGCAUAUACAGGUUGUUUGGAACUUAAGGAAGAUACCAUUGAAAACCUCCUGGCAGCUGCGUGUCUCCUUCAACUGCCUCAAGUGGUUGAAGUCUGUUGUCAUUUCCUCAUGAAGCUUUUACAUCCAUCCAACUGUUUGGGAAUCCGGGCUUUUGCAGAUGCUCAAGGAUGCACAGAGCUUAUGAAGGUGGCUCACAGUUACACCAUGGAGAACAUCAUGGAGGUGAUUAGAAAUCAAGAAUUUUUGCUGCUGCCAGCAGAGGAACUUCACAAACUUCUUGCCAGUGAUGAUGUGAAUGUUCCUGAUGAAGAAACCAUUUUCCAUGCCUUAAUGAAGUGGGUCAAAUAUGACCUUCAAAGGAGAUGUAAUGAUUUGAGUAUGUUACUUGCCUACAUCCGACUACCACUUCUUCCUCCCCAGAUUUUAGCCGACCUAGAAAACCAUGCACUUUUUAAAGAUGACUUGGAAUGUCAGAAGCUGAUUCUGGAAGCCAUGAAAUACCAUCUUUUACCAGAAAGACGAACACUUAUGCAAAGUCCAAGAACAAAGCCAAGGAAGUCUACCGUUGGGACCCUGUAUGCUGUUGGAGGAAUGGACAACAAUAAAGCAGGUGCUACAACCAUUGAGAAGUACGACCUUAGGACCAAUAUAUGGAUCCAAGCUGGAGUAAUGAAUGGAAGACGGCUACAGUUUGGUGUGGCUGUUAUUGAUGACAAGCUCUUUGUUAUUGGAGGGCGAGAUGGCUUAAAGACAUUAAACACGGUUGAAUGUUAUAAUCCAAAAACCAAGGCUUGGACGGUCUUGCCUCCAAUGUCUACUCACAGACAUGGCUUAGGAGUUACUGUUCUUGAAGGGCCCAUUUAUGCAGUAGGAGGUCAUGAUGGCUGGAGCUAUUUGAAUACAGUCGAGAGGUGGGAUCCACAAAGUCAACAGUGGACCUUUGUGGCCAAUAUGUCCAUUGCCAGAAGCACCGUUGGGGUGGCAGCUUUAAAUGGCAAGUUAUACUCAGUUGGUGGCCGAGACGGAAGUUCUUGCUUGAGUUCUAUGGAGUAUUAUGAUCCUCACACCAAUAAGUGGAACAUGUGUGCUCCAAUGUGCAAAAGAAGAGGAGGAGUUGGCGUGGCCACCUGUGAUGGUUUUCUUUAUGCUGUCGGAGGUCAUGAUGCCCCUGCCUCUAACCAUUGCUCCAGACUCUUGGAUUACGUUGAGAGGUAUGACCCCAAAACUGAUACCUGGACAAUGGUGGCCCCGUUGAGCAUGCCUCGUGAUGCUGUGGGCGUUUGCAUCCUUGGCGAUAAGUUAUAUGCGGUGGGUGGCUAUGAUGGCCAGACGUACCUAAAUACAAUGGAGUCCUAUGAUCCACAGACCAACGAAUGGACACAGAUGGCAUCUCUAAAUAUUGGAAGAGCUGGGGCCUGCGUCGUAGUCAUAAAGCAACCAUGACACGAUCUGUAAUGGAUUUUAUUGACUUCUAAGCAGGAUUUUUCUGCCAAACAAGAAAGAAAAUUUUGUCAAGCAACAAGGUCAAUAGAUACCCUCAGCGUUCUGUUGAUCACAACUCACAGACAUUAAAAUGAAGAGAACAAAAUGUUAUAACAAGGGGGGAAAAAUCUGUUUUAGUAGCCAAUCUGUGUAUGUGAAAAGGAAGAAAUUCAGUUACUGAUCUCUUGGCUAUUUAAAAGAAACCAAGCAAAAGACCAAAUUUUCUUAAGAAAUGGAUGGUUUUCAUAGCACUAGAUAUUUUAACUCCAUCACAGCACACUGUCACUUUGUAAAACAUAGUUUUUUCUUAAAAAGUUGUAUUUUAUUUAUUUGCAUUCUUUUUCGCUUAAGGCCUUAUCUUCAAACAUUUUAGCACUUUGCUACUGACAUAGACAAUGAUGAGACGGGACAAAAUCCUAGUUUUGUUUCCUCUUGUAAGAAAGUACAAAGGCACAGUUCUUUUUCGUCAUUGAAAACUAUUUGACAUUAAACCACAAUUGUUUUCCUAAUCAAUGACUUUAGUGGUCCUUCCACUAAAUUGGCUUGGAUGGAAUUGUGUUUCUAUUGAGUGUUGCGGAACAAAUGUGUUUCAGACAGAAGAGUGAACCUUCAGACAAUUGGGGUUCGAUGCCAUAAAGGAAAGCCAAAGGAAUACGACCCCAAAUCUACCCUACUCAAGCAUGUGAAGUGUUCUUUCUUUCAAAGCUUUUGAACUCCUCCUGCAUGUGAGAUGUCUGUAGAAGAUGGAAGAAUGACAGUUUGUCCACCAUUGCAUCAUUUUAAGAGAGAUCGUUGAGCAAUUGCAAGGAAUUGCUCACUCACUGGGACCUAAGGGUGCAGUAAGAGAGAUACGGAGGUUCUAAUGCCUUUUGUCUUUUCAGAAGCCAUCUUUGCUGUGUUGUAAUUCAAUUUAACUUGAAUUACUCUCCGAUUGCCGUGAUGAUUGAACCUAAGGGCUGACCCAAUUUUUCAAUGGGAGAACCAGCCCUCUUGCUUUUUUUGCUUUUUUUUUUUUAAAUGAGUGCCACUCAGACGGAUUGGCUUGUUUAUUUGGAGAAAGAAAGUCUAGGCACAUGGUUUUAAGAUACUCACUUCCAAAUUGCUUUCUCUACCAAUGGCAAAAUGUGGAUAGAUUGAAAGCAAGAAAGAGGCUUGCAGUGGCAAGAAUUAGCAUGUAAGAAAGGUUUUUAGAAGCCCAUCUCUCUUCAGAUUGAGUUGAUAGCUUUUUUAUAUAUCUGAUCUUUAAUUUAAAAAAAAAAACUUUGGGGAGCUAUUGCGUAAGGCUGCUAUGUGAUAUCUGUUUUGGCUGUAAGGAAUGAAACAUUCAUAUACAAGAGAACGGAAGCCCAGAUGUUUUGCCAAAAUGAUGUGCCCUGCCAGCAGAGCAUCUGCUUUGCAUGUAUGAAAAAAAAAAUGUCAAUGAGUCAUGUUGCCUUUGUAAAAUUCUGCUUUGUAUACGAAUGGGAGGCAGAAGUCAUCUUUGUGGUCACUCAAUGCCCUGGAUCAUAAAUGGGUGUAACUCUUGGAUGUAUUAUAUCCUAAGCAUGGUUGAACUUUCUUAUUAAGGUGCCAAAAUGAUGUUGAUUUCCACUGCUACUUGGGGGGGGGCAAGAAUCUGAUUUCAAGGGUAUUUUCAACUGGAGCAGGAAUAAAAUUUUGGCUAAUGUGACGUCCUUUUUUUGGCUUGUCUUUCCCCAUCCAGACUAAUUUGCUAAUUAAAUAAAACAUUG